GUCACCUUCACCAUUACUACAGCAAUAUGCCUCCAUCAUCAGACCACAACUUUUUACAGAUCUCAUUCAAUCCAGAAAUAACACAAAAGUACACAAUGGAAUUAAUUUCUUAAGCAAGCAAGCAAGCAGCCAUGGCAGAAUCCAGAGAUUACGUUGGAGACUUCCUGACAGAAUUCAAGGAGCAGAUAAUUACAAGUGCGACUCGGGUCAGUGACAUUGCUGAGGCUGUUGUCUCCCAAAGUCUGAUCCAUGAAGCAGCAGCUCAACAAGUGCAGACUGCUCCAACCCAGCAGGAAGCAAUGCGGCUCCUAUUUGAGGCUUUGGAAAGAGAGCCACCCCUAAACAGAGUGUCCUUCCAUCUCAUCCUGAGAAUGACAGAGCCUGAACUGAUUCAAGAACUAGAGUGGAGACAACGCAACAGCAAGCAAACGCAAACAGAGAGAAUCAGUCCACCUAGUUCUCCCAGAGAAAAAAGAAGACAGGAUGACAGAAAUGGACAUUCAAAUGACAUCCAGAAAAGAAAAGACUCUCUAAAAAGACGUAGGCUUGAAACAAUGCGUGCCAUGGAGCAGAUCGAGAAACUCUGGGAAGGAACUCAGCAAGAAAGAACUGAGAUAGACAACUUGAGACAGCGGAUUCAGCGACAGCAAGAUGAGAUAGUCAGGAUGACCACAGAGAAAAGACAACUUGAGAGAACUAUUACUCACAUGAAAGCUGAGAUGGACCACAUCUGCGAAAGAAUGGAUUGUAAUAAAGAAGAGGUAAAUAGAGAGAGGGAGAGGAUUGAACAAAUGAGAUCUGAUCUCCAAACUGAGCAAACCACACUGGAGCAAAAGCAUGAUGAAAUCUUGAGAGAGAGACAGAACUUGGAGAUAAUCAGAUAUGACACUCUGAGACAGAAGGAGGAGCUGGAGAGCAACCGUGAAAGCACAAAGUAUGAGAUGGAACGGAUGGAACAAAUGAAAAGUGCCAUACAAGUUCAGAUCAAUGAGAUAGAAAUGAAGAUUGAAGAAACACAGAAAGCAAAGUGUCAGAUGGAGCAGAUGAAAGCUAAAAUAGAGGAGGAGGAAAGCGAGUUGGAGAGAAAGAAGUAUGACAUCAAGAGGCAAAGAGACCAAUUUGAGCAGAUUAAAGUUGACAUACAGCAAGUAAAGAUGGAAAUGGAGCAAAGGUGGCAUGAAACAGAGAAAGAAGGGUUGGAACAGAGAGCUAUAAUCCAAAGAGAGAAAGAUGAGCUGAAAUACCUGCAAGACGAGAUUCAAAGAACAAGAGAAGAGGUUGAAAGAAACAGAGAGUUUUCAAAACAAGAGAAUGAGAGAAUAAACCAGCUGAGAGCUCAAGCGCUUACAGAAAACAACCUCAUUGAAAAGAAAUGGCAAUAUAUCUUAAAAAAAGAAAAGGAUCUGGAAGAGAUGAAAUAUGAAAUUGAGAGAGGUCGAGAGGAAUUGGUGAUGAAUGGUGAGCUGGUCAAAAAGGAAUGGGAAAAGAUCGGACAGGCUAAAAUGGAAAUACAAAAUCACAUGAUAUCUAUGGACGCCAGAGUUGAGGAAAUAAAGAGAGAAACGGACAGGGUGAAAUAUAUGAAAAUAGAGAUGCAGAAGGACAAAGAUAUUCUAGAAAAACAGAAGGAUGAUGUACGAAAAGCUAAAGAAGAUAUGGAGAAGAAGAGGUAUGAGAUAGUGACAGAGGAGCUAGAGCACAAAGCCCGACUGCAGAGGGAGAGAGAUGAUCUGGAGAGUUUAAGAGUAGAGAUACAAAGGGCUAACGAUAUGGAAAAAGCAAAAAUACUGAAGGAGAAGGAAGACAGUUGUAAGAUAAGAGAAGAAGCCAGACAAGAAAGAGAAAUUAUAGAAUUAAUCAAAGCAGAGAUCAAGGCUGAAAAAGUCAGCUUGAACCGAAGACAAGAGGAGAUGCUGAGGGAGAGACAAGAGUUAGAAAGAAUUAAACGUGAGACGGACAGAGCCAAAGAGGAGAUCGAGAACAGCCAAGAAGUCACAAUCCGGGAAAAUGAGAAAAUGGAAAAAAUGAAGAUUGAAAUUCAGGGACAAAUUGAAGAUAUUGAGAAGAAAAUUGAGGAGAUCCAAAAAACAAAAGAACAAAUGGAGGAGACAAAGGCUGAGUUGGAUGAAGAGCAGGAGGAGCUGGAACGAAAGAGAGAAUUGGUGAGAAGAGAGACUGAACAGUGCGAGUUCCUCAGAAGUGAAAUCCUCAGGGUGAAGGAGGAAAUGGAGAACAGGUGGCAUGAAACAGAGAAAGAGGAAGUCGAACUCAGAGCGAAAACCCAGCAUGAGCUGGAAAGACUGGAAAAAUUAAGGGACGAGGUCCAAAGAUCUCAGAAAAACAUUGAGGAGAGCAGGAUGGAGCUCAUGCAGUGGAAGGACAGUCUUGAAAAACUGAAGCUUCAGGCAGAGGACGACAACCUUGCCGCUAUCAAACAGAUGGAUGAGGCUAAAGCAAAGAGAGAGGAGUUGACAAAAAUGAUAGAACAGAUGGACAAAGAGCGAGGAGAGAUUAAUAACAACAGAGAAAAGGCUAAAGAAGAAGCAGAUGAAAUCAAAAGCAUGAGGAAUGAGCUACAAAGACAAAAGGCAGAAAUAGAGAACAGGAUUACAGUUGCUAAACAAGAAAAAGAGGAGGCAAGCCAUGCCAAACUUGCAGUCCAAGAGGCUGAGAUGCUCUUAAAAAAGCAAAUGGAAGAGUCAGAAAAGAGACGGUAUGAAACCAUAACAGAGGCAUUGGAGCAAAGAGAUGAAAUACACAAAAAAACAGAGGAGUUGGAACAAAUAAACAAAGAGAUACAAAGAGCCAGCGAUGAGCUAGAAAGGUUGAGGCAUUCUGAAAAAGAGAACCUGGAGAAAAUGCUGGAGGAUACACAGCAAGAGAAAGAAUUUGUUGAGCAAAUGAAAAUAGCUUUGUUGAAGGACAAGGAAGAUCAGGAAAAGCGUUUAGCUGAUAUGGACAAUGAGAGAGAGGAACUCAAACAGAUUAGAGUUCAGGUCCUGAAUGAGAAGAAAGAUAUAGAAAAACGAAGGUAUGAAAUUAUGAGAAAUGAUGUAGAACAGAGUGCUCAAGUGCAGAGACAAAGAGAAGAACUUGAGAAGAUCAAGACUCAGCUAUUUCUGGACACAGAGACCAUGAUCAGAAGCAGAGAGUUAGCGCAACAAGACAAAGAGAAAGCUGAACAACUUAUGAAUGAGAUCCAGGAACAAAGAGGGGAAGUGAAUAAAAGGUUAGAGGAGACAAAACUACGAGAGGACACUUUGAGGAAGAUGAGAGAGGACAUGGAGCAUGAGAGAGAAGAUCUGGAGAAGAUCCGUGUGGAAACACUAAGAGGGAAAGACACAUAUGAAGAGGUCAAGGAUGAGAUUAACAGGGUGAGAGCAGAGAUAGAGAGGUUGUGGGAUGAGGCUGAAAAGGGAGAGCCUGAGGAAUGUGAGAGGAUGAACAGGGAGAAGGAGGAGAUGAUGAGGAAGAUGGAAGCUAUGAAGAACGAGAUGGGUGAGAUUGAAGACAUAAAGAUGGAGUUAACAAAACAGAAGGAGGACAUCGACAUAAAGAUGGAAAAGGCAAGGCUGGAAAUGACUAAUCUUGAAAAGAUGAGGGCAGAGCACCAAAAACAGAAAGAAGAUAUUGAAAUCCAGAUGAUGGAAGCAAAGAGUGAGAGACACCAGAUGGAACUGAUGAGGACUGAGAUCCUAAAACAAAAAGAGGACGUUGAAAGGAAAAUGGAGCUAGUAAAAGCAGAGAUGGACAAAAUGCAGCAUGUCAAAGAGGAAAUACAAAGACAAAGAGAAGAGCUGGAGGAAAGGAUGCAAAAAACCAAACGCGAGAUUGGAGAAAUGGAGCUGAUGAAGAGAGAAAUGGAAGGGAAGAAGAAAGAACUUGACCAAAGGAUGAAAUUGACCAUGAGGAAGAAGGACGAGAUGGAACGACUGAGGAUGGGAAUACAAAGGGCAAAAGACGAGAUGGAGCAGAAAAGAGUGGAGACGGAGAGGCAGAAAUAUGAAAUGGAGCAAGUUAAAGCUGAAAUCCAAAGAGCAAGAGAGGAGUUUGAACUAAGGAUGGAGGAGAGAGAUUUAGAAGAAGAGAAAGGACAGAUGAACCUCACGAUAAUCAACCUUAUUCAACAGAUUGAGGGGACGAGAGAAAUGGUGCGGAAAGCAAAAUUCCAGAUUGAAAGCCGAAUGGCAGGAAGUCAGAUGGAGACAACAGACCAAGAGGAGAUGAAUUCUGAGAUGCACAGGCUCAUUUUGGAGAUUGAACACAUUCGGGAAAUGCUGCGAGGUCUUAAGGCUGAGGUAGAACACAACAAGGAAACGAUGAAGAGAGACAGGAAUGAGAUGAUGCUACUGAAGAAUGUAGUUCAACGAAGGAGAAGAGAGAUUGAAUAUAGAGAAGAAAGAAUUAUGAGAGAACGAGAUGAAGUAGAACUCAUGAGAAAUAUGAUGCAGUGGCAAAGAGAAGAACUGGAGGAGAGGCUGGAGGAGAUCAUUAAAGAGAAUGAUAUGGUGGAGCAGAUGAGAGAAGAUGUGAAAAAUGCUUUGGAGGACAUAGCACAGGCCAAAGAAGAGAUAAAGAGAGAGAAAGAACACAUUGCUCUAGAAAAGACCGGUAAAGAAAAGGUUCAACCAGCCAUAAAUCCAACUGAGAGCCAGGAGUAUGCAAAAACAGAAGAACCAGCUGCCAUUAAAGUGAAAGACUAUGUGAGUGAUAUACAUAAAGAAAGACGAGAACUGGAACAAUAUAAAGAAAUAAUUUUAAAAGAGAAACAGGACCUAGAGAAAACAAAGGAGGAUGUACGAGCGGUAAAGAAUGAAGCUGAAGAGAGGAUGACAAAAUUACAAGAGAUGGAAACAGAGAUGGAAAAGAAACGAGUGAGUCUACAAAACUGGGAAAGACUGGUGCAAUCAGAAAGAGAAGAAAACCAGAGAGGUCUAGAUAUAAUACGGAAAGAGAAGGAGCAGCUAGGUCAAAGAAAACAAGAACUAGAGAAUAUGGAAGUAAAUCUACAGAGAGAGAAAUGUGAAUUGGAAAAGGCAAGACUGACAGAGAUUAAACUAGUUGAUGUACAAGUCCAAACUGAUGUGAUGGAGGAUGCAGGAAAAUAUCAGUUGAUCUUGACUAUGGAAGAGCUGGAUAAAGAGCGACAAGCUCUGGAGAAUUUUCUAGAAGAAUUACUUGCACAAAAAAGUACAAUUGAGAGACAACUGGCAGAAAUAAAACUGAGCAGGGAUGAAUUUUCGCUCAAAGAAGCCGCACUGCAAACUGCAACAAAAAACACAGCAGACAUAGAGUUACAAUUAGAGCUACGAAAACAGGAGCUAGAAAGAACAAAAUAUGAGCUGGAAAAGACAAAGCUAGAAAUACAGAAAGGAUGGGAUGACCUGCAGGCUGAGAUAACAGAAAGCAGAGAAAAAGAAGACAUGAUAAGAACAGAAUUAGAAAAUGUGAGAAAUGUCCUAAAUCACAUCCAACGGGAUACAGAAAAACAAAAGCAAACCAUGGAGGCUGACCUAAAAUACACUUUUGCUAGAGAACUAGAAGACAUAGAAGGUCAGAGAAAAGGGAUAGAUGAUGAAAAGGGAAUGUUACAGAACAUGAAAUAUCAGCUGCAAAAAGAGUCUAGUGAAAUCGAAAGGUUAAAACAGGAUGUGCUGAAAGAAAGAGAGAAUAUGGAGAAAUGGGCAGGGCAGCUUAAACAAGAGAGGGAGGAACUAGAAAAGAAAAUGUGUGAUCUGCAACAAAUACAAGCAGAAAUAGCCAGAGAAAAUAAAUAUCUAGAGAACCUGAGAGAGGAGAAUAAGCUGACACUGAAGGAGAUCAAAAAGGAGAGAGACACUCUUGAGAAAAUAAAUGAACUCAUUUUACACCAAAAAGAUGAUUUUGAGAAUGAGAAGGAGGAAAUAAAGCAAAAAGAAAAUGAACUGCAGCAAAUGCAGGCUGAUCUCAACAGACAACAAAAAGACAUGCAGGAUAUUCAGAAUAAAGUUUUAAGGCAAAAAAGUCAACUUCAGAAAAGCCAAGAUGAAAUAGCCGAAAAGCUAAAACAGGCAGAAGACAUCAGGCAGUUCACACAAAAUGAAAAAGACAAUCUUGACCGAGAAAGGAUGGUUAUAAUGGAACAGAAGCAGCAGAUGGAAAGCAACUUGACAGAUGCAUUAAACAGAGAACUGGAAACUGUGGAGCUUUUGAAAAAAGAGGUACUAAAUCAGAAACGACUUAUUGAGGACUGCAGAAUAGUUUUAAUGAGGGAUAAAGAAGAUCUGGAGAGGAAGAAAAUAAAUUUGGGUAGUCAGGAAGAGGAGAUAAAAUUACAAAGACAAAGUUUAGCAGAAGAGAAAAGCAAGUUGCAACACACUGAAUCUGUGCUGCAACGAGUAGCCGAAGAUACCGAGAAGCUACGACAAGAUACACUAGCUGAAAGACAGAAACUUAAAAACACUGCUGUGCAACUUCAGAAAGAGAGAGAUGACAUUGUGAGCCUUGCAGAAGAGACAAAAAGAAAGAGAGAGGACCUGGAUAAAAUGCAAGCUGAUGUAGAAAAGCAGGAAAAAGCAUUACAGAUAUUGAAGAGCAUAAAGGCUGAUCUGCAAAAAGAAGCCAGAGUCAUUGAAAAUUUAAGACAAGCUGUUCAAAAUGACAUACAAAAUGUAAAAGAUAUGGAAGCCAAAAUUCAAAAAGAAAGACAAUACAGUGAUAGUCUAGUUGAAGAGUUUGAAAAGAGGUCCAAAGCUCUGGAUGAGGUGCGCAUGGAGGUUGAAAAAGAAAAGCGAUACGUUGAGUCUGAGAGAGAUGUGCUAGAACAGGAAAAGUCUAAGCUCAGAGAUCUCAAAGAUGAAGUCGCUCAGCGAAAAGAACAGAACAUUAUUAUACUGGCAGAGAUAGAAAAGGAAAGAGACAAUCUUGUGCAGCUGAGUGAAACCAUCUCAAAUCAGAGCUGCAUUAUUGAAAGUGAUAAAGACAUUUUAAGAUGGAGAGAAAAUGUACUGAAACAAAAAGAAGCAGAAAUUGAAAACAAACAAAAACAAAUAAAUGAGUUGAAGAGCAGUUUAAGAAAGGAAAAGAUGCAAGUUGAGCAGAUGCAAGCUGACCAAGAUCAACAAUUGACAGUUGCACAUGAAAAAAUACAGUACGUUGCAAGAGAUAUAGGUGCGACAGAUCUGGAGAAAGAGAGACAGGAAAUUGAGAAUUUGAGAGAAGAACUGAGGGUGAAAUACGAAAAUGUGGAACUCCAAAUGAGAUAUUUAACUGAGCAAAAAGAAGUAUUUGAAAGCUGCAUGAAAUCACUAGAAAUGGACAAGGAAGACAUAGAGAAAAAUAAAGCCAAACUGCACAAAGAAUUUGAAAAAUUGCAGCUUCAGAGGCAAUCAUUUGAGAAGGAGAUACAGCAGUUGAGAGCUGACCUUCAGACAGAGGCUGACAAUACUGAGAGAAUAAAGAAAGAGGUGGUAGCUGAAAAACAGAGUAUAAAAGACAUGGCAGCUCAAAUUCAACAUGAGGGAAAUGACAGAAAAGAAGCUCUUGAGAGAAUACGCCUUGAGCUAGAAAAACAAAGGCAAGACAUUGAGACUGAAAAAAAUAUACUAGAAAACCAAAAGUUCGAAGUGGAGAAAAGCAAAAGAGAGAUAGCUAGAGCAAAAGAUGAUCUUGCUGAAAAGAGAAAAACAAAUGAUAUUGAUCGGUCAGAGAUGGAGAAGCAGAGAAAUUCCCUUGAGCAAAUGAAGAUAAACAUUUCACAAGAGGAACAUGGUAUUAAAAUAGUGAAGGAAAGUUUAAGACACCAAGAAAAUAACCUGAAAAUACGUACAUCACAACUUCAUGCACAACAGAAAGAAAUAGAAGAGAUUCAGGAUGUUAUCAUGAAAGAAAAGAGUCAGCUUAAUGAAAGACAGGCUGAAAUGGAAAAGCAAAAGAGAGAGUUAGAGAAUGUGAUGGACAGACUUGAAAAAGAGAGGGCUAAUAUAAUGGAAGAAAGACAAAGAGUGAAUGGCAUUGCAGUAGAACUGAAGAGGGAAAGUGAAACAGUGGAGCUGAUGAAACAAGAAGUUCUCAGUGAAAAAGAAUCUAUUGAAAACAGCAGGCAAAUACUGAAUAAAGAUCUAGAAGAUAUACAAGAAAAUAGAACCAUCUUAGCUGAAGAGUUUGAGACCUUAAACUACCAGAAACAAUUGACUGGUGAAGAAAAGCAAGAAUUUGAUAAAAUAAAAAAUGAGCUCCAACAAGAAAAGGCAAUUAUUGCUAAACUAAGGCAAGACAUAGAAAAUGGCAGGCAGAAGGCUGAGGAAGUGGCGAUCAAACUCAAAAAAGAGAAGGAAGAUAUAGAGAUUUCCUUUGCCAGGAUAAGAUCAGAGGAAGAAGAUCUAAGAAAACAAAAACAAACAAUUGAAUCUGAUAGAGACACUCUUAAAAAGCACAAGUCUGACCUGGAAAAAACUAAAGCAGAGAUAGCCAGAGCCAAAGAAGAUCUCGAAAACCAAAUUGAAUCACAUAAAAGACAAAAUGAGGUAAUGCUGGCAGAGAUAGAGAGAGAGAAACACAUUCUUGAGCAGUUAAAGAUGAACAUAUCACAACAGAGAGACGAUUUAGAAAAGGACAUCGAACAAACAAGAUACAAACAAACAGAGCUACAAAGUCUAAAAAUGGAAAUUCAGAAAGAGCAAAAAGUGAUAGAUGAGCAGAAGGUGAUGACUGCAACAGAGCAGAGUGGGCUGAAAGACAUUAAAGCUCAGAAAGAUAAAGAGAAAAAAGAGACAGAUGAAACCAAAGAACAGAUUAAAAAGGAGAGAGAUGAUAUUGAGAGAGAAAAGGCAGAAUUAAUGAAUCAAAAACAACAUAUGGAGGUAAAUUUGAGGCAAGAACUAAAAAUGGAAAGUGAAAAGCUAGAGCUGAAAAAGGAGGAAUUGAUUGAAAAGGAAAUGUUGGAAAAUUAUAGACAACUGCUGAAGAGAGACAUGGAAGAUCUGCAACAAAAACUAGUUAAUGUAGAAAGAGAUUCAGAGAGUCUGAAACAUGAAAGAGAAGCUUUGGAGAAUGAGAAGGAAUUAAUAAAACAGAUCAAAACUGAACUGAAAAGAGAGACAGAAGAGAUUGAGAAGAUCAAACUACAAACACAACAUGAAAGACAAAAGCUGGAUGAAAUGACAGCUCAACUCCAGAAAGAGAGGAAAGAAAUCAAUGAUCUUACUGAGGAGACCAAAGGAAAAGGCACGGUCUUGGAUGAAAUGAACAAAGAAAUUCAAGUGAAAAUUAAAGAAAUUCAAUCUGACAGAGACAUGAUUGAGAUGGAAAAACAUAAACUUGAGAAAACCAAACAUGAACUUGCUAAACUCAAAGAAGAUCUUGAAAAGCAAUUUGCUGAGCAAGCAGAAAAGAAAGAAUUCAUCCUGGCAGAGACACAGAAAGAGAGAGACACCCUAAAGGAGAUGAAAGAGACCAUCACAAGACAAAUACAUGAUAUAAAAAAUCAAGAGGAACAACUGAGACAAAAACAACAUGAACUUGAGCAACUGAAAAUUGAAAUUCAGAAUAUGCAGAGAGAACUAGACAAUGACAGAAACAUUAUAAUAAAAGACAAAAGUCAGCUUAAUCUGAGACAAUCUGAGGUAGAUAAACAACAGGGAGAAGUGAUUGAUAUUAUGGAAAAGAUUAGGAAUGAGAGAAGCCAACUAGAAAAAGAUAAAAAAGAUAUUGAAAUACAGAAACAGCAAUUGAAAAAAGAAAGAGAUGAUGUAGACCAAAGGAGAGAAGAUCUGACUGAAGACCUGAAGAUGAUGACACUUCAGAAACAAGUGUUUGAAGAUGAGAAGAACAAGUUAGAACAGAUGAAGAUUGAUCUGCAAAGAGAAGAUGAUGAUAUCAGAAAGCUCAAAGAAGAAACACAAAAUGAGGAACAGAGUUUGGAAAAGAUGGCCAAAGAACUUCAGAAGGAGAAAGAAGUUAUUGCUAAUCUUGCUGAAGAUACAAAGAGAAAACAUGAGAUUCUGGAUGAAAUGAAAACUGCAAAUGAGUCUUUAACAGCAGAUCUACAAAAAGAGAAACACAGUCUUGAGCAAAUGAGAUUAAACAUCUCCAAAAAAACUGAUGAUAUUGAAAAUGAGAGAGAGAAAAUAAGACUCAGACAAGAUGAACUAGAUCAACUACAAACAGAGAUUCAUAAACAACAAAAUGAAAUUAUAAAGGGAAAGAACAACAUUGAAAGUGAAAGAGCUGCAGUGAUCAGGGAAAAACAGGACAUGAUGACUGAGCUGAGAAAGAAGUCUGAAGAUGUUGAGAUUCAGAUGAAUGAGGUAAUGACCAAACAGGAAAUGUUGGAAAAUGAUAGACAACUGCUGAAGAAAGACAUGGAAGAUCUGCAACAAAAACUAGUUAAAGUAGACAGAGACUCAGAGAGUCUGAAACAUGAGAGAGAUGCUUUGGAGAAUGAGAAGGAAGUAAUAAAACAGAUCAAAACUGACCUUCAAAGAGAGACAGAAGAGAUUGAGAAGAUCAAACUACACACACAAGAUGAGAUACAAAAACUGGAGGAAAUAACAGCUCAACUCCAAAAAGAGAGAGAAGAAAUCGACAAUCUCAUUGAGGAGACAAAAAGAAAAGACAUGGUCUUGGAUGAAGUUAAUACAGAAAUUGAACUGAAAUCUAAAGCCAUUCAAUCUGAUAGAGACCAGCUUGAGAAGGAAAAACAUGAACUUGAGAAAACCAAACAUGAACUUGUUAAAAUCAAAGAUGAUCUUGAAAAGCAAUUUGCUGAGCAAGCAGAGAAGAAAGAAUUCAUCCUGGCAGAGACACAGAAAGAGAGAGACACCCUAAAGGAGAUGAAAGAGACCAUCACAAGACAAAUACAUGAUAUAAAAAAUCAAGAGGAACAACUGAGACAAAAACAACAUGAACUUGAGCAACUGAAAAUUGAAAUUCAGAAUAUGCAGAGAGAACUAGACAAUGACAGAAACAUUAUAAUAAAAGACAAGAGUCAGCUUGAUCUGAGACAAUCUGAGCUAGACAAACAACAGGGAGAAGUGAAUGAUAUUAUGGAAAAAAUUAGGAAUGAGAGAAGCCAACUAGAAAAAGAUAAAAAAGAUAUUGAAAUACAGAAACAGCAAUUGAAAAAAGAAAGAGAUGAUGUAGACCAAAGGAGAGAAGAUCUGACUGAAGACCUGAAGAUGAUGACACUUCAGAAACAAGUGUUUGAAGAUGAGAAGAACAAGUUAGAACAGAUGAAGAUUGAUCUGCAAAGAGAAGAUGAUGAUAUCAGAAAGCUCAAAGAAGAAACACAAAAUGAGGAAAAGAGUUUGGAAAAGAUGGCUGAAGAACUUAAGAAAAAGAGAGAAGAUAUUAUUCAUCUUGCUGAAGAUACAAAGAGAAAACAUGAGAUUCUGGAUGAAAUGAAAACUGCAAAUGAGUCUUUAACAGCAGAUCUACAAAGAGAGAAAUACAGCCUUGAGCAAAUGAGACUAAACAUCUCCAAAGAAACUGAUGAUAUUGAAAAUGAGAAAGAGAAAAUAAGACUCAGACAAGAUGAGCUAGAUCAACUACAAGCAGAGAUUCAAAAACAGCAAUGUGAAUUGAAAAACCUCAAAGAAAUCAUCAUGACUGAGAAGCAGCAGCUUGAAAUCAGAGAGACUGAAAUAGAAACACAACAGAAGGAGCUGCUCGACAUUGUAGAGUUCGCAAAGAAUGAGAAGAGCAUUGCUGAAACUCAAAAAGCUGCAAUGAUCAGGGAAAAACAGGACAUGAUGACUGAGCUGAGAAAGAAGUCUGAUGAUGUUGAGAUUCAGAUGAAUGAGGUAAUGACCAAACAGGAAAUGUUGGAAAAUGAUAGAAAACUGCUGAAGAGAGACAUGGAAGAUCUGCAACAAAAACUAGUUAAUGUAGAAAGAGACUCAGAGAGUCUGAAACAUGAGAGAGAUGCUUUGGAGAAUGAGAAAGAAUUAAUAAAACAGAUCAAAACUGACCUGCAAAGAGAGACAGAAGAGAUUGAGAAGAUCAAACUACAAACACAACAUGAAAGACAAAAGCUGGAUGAAAUGACAGCUCAACUCCAGAAAGAGAGGAAAGAAAUCAAUGAUCUUACUGAGGAGACCAAAGGAAAAGGCACAGUCUUGGACGAAAUGAACAAAGCAAUUCAAGUGAAAGUUAAAGAAAUUCAAUCUGAUAGAGAUAUGAUUGAGAAAGAAAUGCAUGAUCUUGAGAAAAUCAAAGGGGAACAUGCUAUAGCAAAGGAGGAUAUUGAAAAAGAAAGAGAAAAGCAAGGAAUCACACUAGCAGAGAUACAGAAAGAUAGAGAGAGCCUUGAGAAGAUGAAGGAGACCAUCACAAGACAAACACACAAUAUGAAAAAUCAAGAGGAACAAAUGAGACAAAAACAACAUGAACUUCAAAAACUGAAAACUGAAAUUCAAAAUCAGAAACAGGAACUAGACAAUGACAGAAACAUUAUAAUAAAAGACAGAAGUCAGCUUGACCUGAGACAAUCUGAGGUAGACAAACUACAGGGAGAAGUGAGUGACAUUAUGGAAAAAAUUAGGAAUGAAAAAAGACAACUAGAUAAAGAUAAACACGAGAUUGAAGAACAGAAACAGCAAUUGAAGAAAGAAAGAGAUGAUGUAGACCAAAGCAGGGAAGAUCUGGCUGAAGACCUAAAGAUGAUGACACUUCAGAAACAAGUGUUUGAAGAUGAGAAGAACAAGUUAGAACAGAUGAAGAUUGAUCUGCAAAGAGAAGAUGAUGAUAUCAGAAAGCUCAAAGAAGAAACACAAAAUGAGGAACAGAGUGUGAAAAAGAUGGCCAAAGAACUUCAGAAGGAGAAAGAAGUUAUUGCUAAUCUUGCUGAAGAUACAAAGAGGAAACAUGAGAUUCUGGAUGAAAUGAAAACUGCAAAUGAGUCUUUAAUGGCAGAUCUACAAAGAGAGAAAAACAACCUUGAGCAAAUGAGAUUGAACAUCUCAUUUGAGAUUCAGAUGAAUGAGGUAAUGACCAAACAGGAAAUGUUGGAAAAUGAUAGACAACUGCUGAAGAAAGACAUGGAAGAUCUGCAACAAAAACUAGUUAAUGUAGAAAGAGACUCAGAGAGUCUGAAACAUGAUAGAGAAGCUUUGGAGAAUGAGAAGGAGUUAAUAAAACAGAUCAAAACUGACCUUCAAAGAGAGACAGAAGAGAUUGAGAAGAUCAAACUACACACACAAGAUGAGAUACAAAAACUGGAGGAAAUAACAGCUCAACUCCAGAAAGAGAGGAAAGAAAUCGACAAUCUCAUUGAGGAGACAAAAAGAAAAGACAUGGUCUUGGAUGAAAUUAAUACAGAAAUUGAACUGAAAUCUAAAGCCAUUCAAUCUGAUAGAGACCAGCUUGAGAAGGAAAAACAUGAACUUGAGAAAACCAAACAUGAACUUGCUAAAAUCAAAGAUGAUCUUGAAAAGCAAUUUGCUGAGCAAGCAGAGAAGAAAGAAUUCAUCCUGGCAGAGACACAGAAAGAGAGAGACACCCUAAAGGAGAUGAAAGAGACCAUCACAAGACAAAUACAUGAUAUAAAAAAUCAAGAGGAACAACUGAGACAAAAACAACAUGAACUUGAGCAACUGAAAAUUGAAAUUCAGAAUAUGCAGAGAGAACUAGACAAUGACAGAAACAUUAUAAUAAAAGACAAGAGUCAGCUUAAUCUGAGACAAUCUGAGCUAGACAAACAACAGGGAGAAGUGAUUGAUAUUAUGGAAAAGAUUAGGAAUGAGAGAAGCCAACUAGAAAAAGAUAAAAAAGAUAUUGAAAUACAGAAACAGCAAUUGAAAAAAGAAAGAGAUGAUGUAGACCAAAGGAGAGAAGAUCUGACUGAAGACCUGAAGAUGAUGACACUUCAGAAACAAGUGUUUGAAGAUGAGAAGAACAAGUUAGAACAGAUGAAGAUUGAUCUGCAAAGAGAAGAUGAUGAUAUCAGAAAGCUCAAAGAAGAAACACAAAAUGAGGAACAGAGUGUGAAAAAGAUGGCCAAAGAACUUCAGAAGGAGAAAGAAGUUAUUGCUAAUCUUGCUGAAGAUACAAAGAGAAAACAUGAGAUUCUGGAUGAAAUGAAAACUGCAAAUGAGUCUUUAAUGGCAGAUCUUCAAAGAGAGAAAUACAGCCUUGAGCAAAUGAGAUUGAACAUCUCCAAACAAACGGAUGAUAUUGAAAAUGAGAAAGAAAAAAUAAGACUCAGACAAGAUGAGCUAGAUCAACUACAAGCAGAGAUUCAUAAACAACAAAAUGAAAUUAUAAAGGGAAAGAACAACAUUGAAAGUGAAAGAGCUGCAGUGAUCAGGGAAAAACAGGACAUGAUGACUGAGCUGAGAAAGAAGUCUGAAGAUGUUGAGAUUCAGAUGAAUGAGGUAAUGACCAAACAGGAAAUGUUGGAAAAUAAUAGAAAACUGCUGAAGAAAGACAUGGAAGAUCUGCAACAAAAAAUAGUUUAUGUAGACAGAGACUCAGAGAGUCUGAAACAUGAUAGAGAAGCUUUGGAGAAUGAGAAGGAAUUAAUAAAACAGAUCAAAACUGACCUUCAAAGAGAGACAGAAGAGAUUGAGAAGAUCAAACUACACACACAAGAUGAGAUACAAAAACUGGAGGAAAUAACAGCUCAACUCCAGAAAGAGAGGAAAGAAAUCGACAAUCUCAUUGAGGAGACAAAAAGAAAAGACAUGGUCUUGGAUGAAAUUAAUACAGAAAUUGAACUGAAAUCUAAAGCCAUUCAAUCUGAUAGAGACCAGCUUGAGAAGGAAAAACAUGAACUUGAGAAAACCAAACAUGAACUUGUUAAAAUCAAAGAUGAUCUUGAAAAGCAAUUUGCUGAGCAAGCAGAAAAGAAAGAAUUCAUCCUGGCAGAGACACAGAAAGAGAGAGACACCCUAAAGGAGAUGAAAGAGACCAUCACAAGACAAAUACAUGAUAUAAAAAAUCAAGAGGAACAACUGAGACAAAAACAACAUGAACUUGAGCAACUGAAAAUUGAAAUUCAGAAUAUGCAGAGAGAACUAGACAAUGACAGAAACAUUAUAAUAAAAGACAAGAGUCAGCUUAAUCUGAGACAAUCUGAGGUAGAUAAACAACAGGGAGAAGUGAAUGAUAUUAUGGAAAAAAUUAGGAAUGAGAGAAGCCAACUAGAAAAAGAUAAAAAAGAUAUUGAAAUACAGAAACAGCAAUUGAAAAAAGAAAGAGAUGAUGUAGACCAAAGGAGAGAAGAUCUGACUGAAGACCUGAAGAUGAUGACACUUCAGAAACAAGUGUUUGAAGAUGAGAAGAACAAGUUAGAACAGAUGAAGAUUGAUCUGCAAAGAGAAGAUGAUGAUAUCAGAAAGCUCAAAGAAGAAACACAAAAUGAGGAACAGAGUUUGGAAAAGAUGGCCAAAGAACUUCAGAAGGAGAAAGAAGUUAUUGCUAAUCUUGCUGAAGAUACAAAGAGAAAACAUGAGAUUCUGGAUGAAAUGAAAACCGCAAAUGAGUCUUUAAUGGCAGAUCUACAAAAAGAGAAACACAGUCUUGAGCAAAUGAGAUUAAACAUCUCCAAAGAAACUGAUGAUAUUGAAAACGAGAAAGAGAAAAUAAGACUCAGACAAGAUGAACUAGAUCAACUACAAACAGAGAUUCAUAAACAACAAAAUGAAAUUAUAAAGGGAAAGAACAACAUUGAAAGUGAAAGAGCUGCAGUGAUCAGGGAAAAACAGGACAUGAUGACUGAGCUGAGAAAGAAGUCUGAAGAUGUUGAGAUUCAGAUGAAUGAGGUAAUGACCAAACAGGAAAUGUUGGAAAAUGAUAGAAAACUGCUGAAGAGAGACAUGGAAGAUCUGCAACAAAAACUAGUUAAAGUAGACAGAGACUCAGGGAGUCUGAAACAUGAGAGAGAUGCUUUGGAGAAUGAGAAGGAAGUAACAAAACAGAUGAAAACUGACCUGCAAAGAGAGACAGAAGAGAUUGAGAAGAUCAAACUACAAACACAACAUGAAAGACAAAAGCUGGAUGAAAUGACAGCUCAACUCCAGAAAGAGAGGAAAGAAAUCAAUGAUCUCAUUGAUGAAAUUAAAAAGAAGAGAGAUAUUCUGGAUGAAACCUAUACUGAAAUACGAAGGGAACAAGAAGCAAUUGAGAGAGGCAAAGACUUGAUUAGAGAGGAAUGGUCUGACCUAGAGAAAAACAAAGCUGAGAUGUCUCAAACCAUGGAAGAGCUUGAAAAACAGCUUUCCGAACAAAAAACAAACAUUGAGGUCACACUGGCAGAGAUGCAUCAAGAGAGAAACAUGCUUGAGCAGAUGAGUGAGAAAAUAACAAGAGAAAAAAUGGCACUUGAAGAUGAAAAGCAAGAAUUGCGAAUAGAAAAGGAAGAUCUUAAAGGAAUGCGGGCAGAAAUUGAAAGAAAACAAGAAGAUAUUGAUCACCUGAGGUUUGGCUUAACAGAAGAAAGUCUGCUUGAGAAGUCAGAGGCUGAAAUUGUUAUUCAACAGAGUGACGUGGAUCUAGUCAAAUCUUUAUCAGACAAAGAAAUGUCAGAUCAAGAUGGAAAAAGUAUCUUGAUGGAGCAGAUGCUGGAAAUGGACUUAAAAGAUGCAUUAGAAACAGAUGUUGAGAGCCAAAAGUCAGACUUACCUGAAGCUGAGGAAAUACCUCAUAAACAGGAGAUGAUGUUAGAGAAGAAGUUUAUUGAAGAUGAAAAGAACAAACUGGAACAGAUGAGAGCUGAACUGAAAAGGCAAGCUGAACACAUCGAAAAGGAAAAGCAAGACAUGCAAAAUGAAAGACAGAAGCUAGAAGAAAUGUCAGCUCAAUUUCAGGAAGAGAAAAGAAAUCUUGAAAGCCUUAAUGAGGAGAUUAAUGUUCAAAAAUAUAAUCAACAAAAGCAAGCAACUGAAUUUGAAAUGGAGAAGACUGAUUUAGAGAAAAUCAAAACAGAAAUUAAUAAAGCCAACAAACUUCUUGCAGAACAGCAAGAAAAGAAUGAUAUGACAAUACAAGAAAUUCAGACAGAGAGGGACGCUCUUGAAGAAAUGAGGGUGAACAUUACAAAACAAGUGGAGACUAUUCAAAAAGCGAAUGAAAGUCUUUCUCACAGAGAAAAGGAACUUGCAAAGCUGCAGGAAACCAUUUUAAAACAACAAGAUGAAAUGGAUGAACUGAAAAACACAAUUAUGAUGGGAAUGAGUCAACUGGACCAGAGAAAAACUGAUAUUGAUCUAUUACAGCGAGAGGUUGAUGAUCUUAUGGAAUUAACAAAGACAGAAAUGACCAUCAUAGAAAGAGAAAGAGUGGAAAUGAUGUCACAGAAGAGAAAUAUAGAGAGAGAGAUGGUCAGUCUAGAGGAAGAAAAGAAAACCUGUGAACAACUGAGACUAAAAUUACUGAAGGAAAAGGAUCAGGUUGAAAAAGACAGAGAGCUGUUGACCAAAAAUGUGGAUCUUAUAGAGAGGCAAAAAAUGGAUGUGCAGAAAGAAUUAAAGAAUCUAAGAGUUGAGAAAUACAUCUUUCAAAAUGAGAAGGAGGAACUAGAAAGGAUGAAAACCGACCUUCAAAAACAAGCUGAAGACUUGGAGAAACUAACUGAGAGGACAAAUGAAAGAUGGAGGGCAGAAGAGAUGGCAGCCAAAUUUAAAAAGCAAUUGGACAUAAGUGGUAUUCCAGCGGACUACCAACAGGGGAAAGAGCUCAUAGAUGAGACAGAGAAGAAAAGAAAGGAAAUUCAGUCUGCCAAAGACUUGCUUCAAGAAGAAAGAUCUGAGCUGGAGAAAACCAAGGCAGAGAUAAACCAAGCCAUGGAAGAACUAAAACACCAAAGAACUGACUUACAGAGAGAUAAAGACAUUAUGAAGCAAAUGAGUACAAAUAACUUAAGACAAAUAGCUCAAAUUGAAGAUGGGAAGGAAAAAUUACAACUCAAAGAAAACGAACUAGAACAAAUGAUAACAGAACUUCAAAAUAAACAAAAAGAAAUGGAUUACAUGAAAAGCAACAUAAUAACAGAAAAGGCUGAUUUUGAGAAUCUGGAGCAAAAAAGAGCUGAGUUGGCUAGAGACUUGGAAAACCUCCAAAAUGAGAAACAAGCUUUUAAAUCUGAACAAGAUGAGCUGGAAAAGGAGAGAGAGUAUAUUGAGAAGUUGAAGCUAGAAGUUCAUAAAGAAAGGCAGAAGGCUGCAGAAGAGUUAGAAAAAGAGAGACAUCAAUUUGCAAAGGGGGUCAAAAUUAAAAAUGACACCCUGGAUGAAAUACAAGCUGAGAUAGAUAGACAAAAACAAGCCAUUGCUGUAGACAAAGCGACUGUUACAAAGGAAAAGAUGGAUCUGGAAAAAACCAAAGAACAUUUUAAAAGACAAUCCGAGGAGAGUGUCAUCAAAUGUGGAGACCUGCAGAAAGAGCGAGAUAGUCUUGGUAAGAUGAGUGUGGAAAUCUUAAAGCAAAAACAUGACCUGGAGAUAGAAAGAGGUGAACUGUUAGAGCAGCGUCAGCUGAUGGAGACACUAAAGAAAGACACUGAAUAUGUGGAAAAACUGAGGAAAGAGCUUUUGGAUGAAAAAGAAUUGACUGAGAAAAGCAGAAUGCAACUGAAACAAGACAUAGAUGAUAUGGAACAAAAUAAAUCAAAUCUACAUAAAGAAUUAGAGGAGAUAAAAGUUCAGAAACAGGAUAUUCAAGAUGAAAGAGUUCAACUAGAGCAAAUGAAAGCUGAGUUAGCAAAAGAAAGAAAAGCAAAUGAUGAAAUGUUGAGAGAGGCCAAAAAAGAAAUGGAGAAAUAUGAGGAGAUCAAAUCAAAUAUUUUAUUCCAAAAAGAAGAGUUUGAAACUAAAAGACAAUCAGACAUAGAGGAACUAUUUGGUAUGAGAGCUGAAAUACUCAAACAGAAAGAGGAAUUAGAGGACAAGAUGCAAAAGACUAAACGUGAGAUGAAAGAACUGAAGAUUCUUCAGGAUGAAACUGAUAGCAAGAGGAAAGAUCUUGAUCACAAGAUGAGACAAGUAGCGAGAAAGAGCGAUGACCUGGAGAAAAUGAGAGCUGAUAUUGAAAGUGCAAAUGAGAAACUUGAAAUGGACAGAGUUAUGUUAAGUAUAGAGCGUGAUGGCAUUGAGCGAAUGAAAGCUGAGAAACACAGAGGGGGAGAGGAACUACAAUCUCAUAUUGAAGAAAGAGGUGGAGAUCUGGAAGAGAAAGAACAAAUAAACACCAAGAUACAGAGGCUUAUUCAAGAGGCUGAAAAGACUAGCGAAAUGGCCUGGAGAACAAAACAUGACCUGGAAAGAAGCAUGCAGAGAGAUGUUAAUAUUCAAGCAGAUUCAGAGAAAAGGCAAGAAAAGAGUGCUUACAUGCAGAGACUGAUCCAGGAAAUUGAGCAUGUCAGAGAGGUUCUCGGAAGAAUGAAAGAUGAAGUCAAGUCUGCUAGAAUUGAAAGAUAUGAACUAGAGGACAUGAGGCUGGAAGUCGAAGCCAUGAAAUAUAGCAUGAAGGAAACCUAUGAGCAACAGAACAAAGAGAUAGAAAAUGAGAAGCAGCAAAUUGAAAGUACCAAAGACUUGCUGAGCAAAGAGCGAAGUGAUCUUGAGCGAAACAGAUCUGAUUUGGAGAGACAAAAACAAGAAAUGGCACUGGACAAACAGAAAUUACACAAUGAAAAUGAACUGCUGAACAAAGAAAAUGUUGAAAUGAAGAAGCAAUAUGAAAUUCUCAAAAACCUUCUAGAAGAAACAACCAGAGAAAGUACAGUACAAACAGUUAAACCUUCCAGAAAAAAGAAAGAAAUGAGGAGAGAUUCAGAGGAAUUAAGGAAAAAAAUGGAAUCUUUAAGCAUGGAUGACCAGCAAGAAGAGAGUGAGAGUGAGAGUCAUACAGAUGAAAUUAACAGACAAAUAGACAAACUGACAGAGUUGAAGGCUGAGCUGGAUCAACAGCAGGUAGAACUUCAGAAAGCUAAAGCAGACUUAAAACAUCAGAUGGAUGAGCUAGAAAAUAUGAGGUCUGAGAUAUUACAACAUGAAAAGGACACGAGAGAGGUGGUGCUGAACGAUAUACAGAGCCAGAGAGAAAUACUAGAAACAAGGAUUCUGAAAAUGAUGCAUGAGAAGGGAGAACUGGAAGUCUUAAGGUCUGAAAUAGUCCUAGAAAAGAAAUAUCUGGAACAGAAGAUUAAACAAGUCAUAAGAAAGAGGGAUGAGGUGGAAAAAAUUAAGACUGAAAUAGCAAAGGCAAGAGAGGAGAUCAACAGAGAGCAGCAGGAGCUGGAAACACUCAGGAAUGAUGUUCAAAGUGCAAAAGAGGAUUUUGAGCUAUUGGUGGAGAAAACUGUGAAUCUAGAAGAUGAGGAAAGUACCAAUGCUGACAUCAAAAGACUAAUUUUAGAGGUUGUGAAAAUCAGGGAAAUGGUGAGAAAUCUAAAAGUUGACAUGGAGAGCAGGAUGGAGGAAAGUGAGGUGGUGAGAGAUGUAAAGGAAAGCUUCAAGGCUGAGAUCCAGAGACUCAUUCAAGAUAUUGGACAAAUACGGGAAAAUCUUGGAAACCUUAGAAAAGAGAUAGAAACCACCAGAAGAGACAAGAAUGAAUUGGAGAAGAUGAGAGCAGAACUUGAAGAAAAGCAUCAGGUGGAAGAGAACAUGAGAAAAAUGCUGCAGAAAGAAAGAGAAGAACUGGAGCAGCUGAAGGAUGAGAUAAAUAGAGAAAAGGAGGAUGUGGAGACCAAAAGAGAGCUGGUUAAGGUAGAAAUAGCUAAAGAAAUAAUGGAAGAGUUUAAGGACACAAGAAAGAACAAGGAAGAACUGCAAAUGGUCACUGAGGAACUCUUAAGAAACAAGAGUGAUAUGGAACAGCUCAACAUAGACAUACAAAACCUAUGGCAAACCAUGGAAGAAAUGAAAACCCUGCAUGAAAAGAAAAGAGCUGAACUGGAAGGCAUUACUUUUGAAGUAAAGAAGAGAGAGCAGAUACUGGAGAAGCAGAAACAUGAGUUGGAAGAGAAAAGUUGGAUUGUUGAAGAAAUAGAGAAAAAGAAAGAUACACUUGAAAAGAUCUAUAUGGAAAUACUGAGGAAGCAAGAAGAUAUUGGAAAAGAAAUGGACAAUUUAAGGCGAGAGAAGCAAGAGCUGGAGCUCUCUAUAAGUGAACUACAGAGACAGAGAGGUGAUGUUGAAUCUUCAAUACAUGCUUUGAUCAUGAAGAAGGAUCAAUUAGAAGACGAACAAGCCAAAAUCAAUCAACAAAGGCAAGAAGUGAGUGCUGCCAUGAAGGCUUAUGAUGUGGAACUGAAAAAUCUAGGAAAGGUAAGGAAUGAACUAGAAAACGAGAGGGCUAAACUUGAUGAAAAGCUCCAUGAUGCAACAAAAAUGGAGGAGAAACUACAGGAUAUGAAGAGUAAACUAAACAAAGAAAAAGAGCAAAUGGAAGAAAUUAAGCAGAUGGUCAGCACAGAGAGACAUCUGAUCGAACAAGAGACUGCUGAGCUUCAGAAGAAGACAGAGAUCAAAAGAGAGAAAACUAAAAUAGAUCACGAGCAGAAGAAAAUGGAUGAUGACAGCAAGAUGAUUGAAUGGGAACGAAAAGACCUGCAAAAGAUAAGGUCUGACAUGAUGACAGAAACAAAGCAAAUGGAAGACACGAGAGAAGAAAUCAAACUAGAGAGAUCAGCACUUGACCAGAAAAUACAAGAGAUUGAUCUAGAAAAGGUUGAAAUUGAAAAGAACAAAGAAAUAGUUCAGAAAUUAAUAGAUAAAGAAGAAGAGCAAAGAUAUUAUAUUAAACUCCAGAAAGAAGAACUUGACCUUCAAAGACAAAAGAUCACUGAUGAAAAAUGUAUUCUAGCUGAAAGUAAGAUGGAGCUGCAAAAAGAAAGUGAACAAAUCAAAUGCAUGGAGGAGGAAAUAAAGAAGGAGAGAGAAACACUAAAGGAAAUGGAAGCUCAUCUACAAAAGGAAAAGGAAGACAUUGAGAGUGUCACUGAAGAAACAAAGAGAAAGCAAGAGGAUCUGGAAAAAAUGAAUACAGAAAUAAUUGAACAAAAACAUGAGUUGAAGAACAGCAGAGACCUUCUAGAACAAGAAAGAGAAGAAAUAAACCACAAAUGGGCACAGUUACAACAGAGAAUUGAUGCAUUUGAUGCUCAGGUCAGCAAACAGAAGGAAGAAUAUCUAACAGAACAAAAGGAAAUAGAAGAAGAAAGAAAAGGUCUAGAAGAGACCAAAGUCAAGAUCCUGGAGCUGAAAACUAAAGCUGAGCAGGAACAUCAAGACAUAAGCCUAAAAAUGCAAGAGUUGAACACACUGCAAGAACAUAUUAAGAAAGAACAAGAGAAAGAAGAAGAAAUGAGAGUAAAAGAAAAGAUGGUGAGAGAAGAACUUGAUCAGAUAAAGAGUGAACUAGAAAGAGAGAAAACUAAAAUAGAUCACGAGCAGAAGAAAAUGGAUGAUGACAGCAAGAUGAUUGAAUGGGAACGAAAAGACCUGCAAAAGAUAAGGUCUGACAUGAUGACAGAAACAAAGCAAAUGGAAGACACGAGAGAUGAUAUCAAACUAGAGAGAUCAGCACUUGACCAGAAAAUACAAGAGAUUGAUCUAGAAAAGGUUGAAAUUGAAAAGAACAAAGAAAUAGUUCAGAAAUUAAUAGAUAAAGAAGAAGAGCAAAGAUAUUAUAUUAAACUCCAGAAAGAAGAACUUGACUUUGAAAGACAAAAGAUCACUGAUGAAAAAUGUAUUCUAGCUGAAAGUAAGACAGAGCUGCAAAAAGAAAGUGAACAAAUCAAAUGCAUGGAGGAGGAAAUAAAGAAGGAGAGAGAAACACUAAAGGAAAUGGAAGCUCAUCUACAAAAGGAAAAGGAAGACAUUGAAAGUGUCACUGAAGAAACAAAGAGAAAGCAAGAGGAUCUGGAAAAAAUGAAUACAGAAAUAAUUAAACAAAAACAAGAGUUGAAGAACAGCAGAGACCUUCUAGAACAAGAAAGAGAAGAAAUAAACCACAAAUGGGCACAGUUACAACAGAGAAUUGAUGCAUUUGAUGCUCAGGUCAGCAAACAGAAGGAAGAAUAUCUAACAGAACAAAAGGAAAUAAAAGAAGAAAGAAAAGGUCUAGAAGAGACCAAAGUCAAGAUCCUGGAGCUGAAAACUAAAGCUGAGCAGGAACAUCAAGACAUAAGCCUAAAAAUGCAAGAGUUGAACACACUGCAAGAACAUAUUAAGAAAGAACAAGAGAAAGAAGAAGAAAUGAGAGUAAAAGAAAAGAUGGUGAGAGAAGAACUUGAUCAGAUAAAGAGUGAACUAGAAAGAGAGAAAACUAAAAUAGAUCACGAGCAGAAGAAAAUGGAUGAUGACAGCAAGAUGACUGAACGGGAACGAAAAGACCUGCAAAAGAUAAGGUCUGACAUGAUGACAGAAACAAAGCAAAUGGAAGACACGAGAGAAGAAAUCAAACUAGAGAGAUCAGCACUUGACCAGAAAAUACAAGAGAUUGAUCUAGAAAAGGUUGAAAUUGAAAAGAACAAAGAAAUAGUUCAGAAAUUAAUAGAUAAAGAAGAAGAGCAAAGAUAUUAUAUUAAACUCCAGAAAGAAGAACUUGACCUUGAAAGACAAAAGAACACUGAUGAAAAAUGUAUUCUAGCUGAAAGUAAAACAGAGCUGCAAAAAGAAAGUGAACAAAUCAAAUGCAUGGAGGAGGAAAUAAAGAAGGAGAGAGAAACACUGAAGGAAAUGGAAGCUCAUCUACAAAAGGAAAAGGAAGACAUUGAAAGUGUCACUGAAGAAACAAAAAAAAAGCAAGAGGAUCUGGAGAAAAUAAAUACAGAAAUAAUUAAACAAAAACAUGAGUUGAAGAACAGCAGAGACCUUUUAGAACAAGAAAGAGAAGAAAUAAACCACAAAUGGACACAGUUACAACAGAGAAUUGAUGCAUUUGAUGCUCAGGUCAGCAAACAGAAGGAAGAAUAUCUAACAGAACAAAAGGAAAUAGAAGAAGAAAGAAAAGGUCUAGAAGAGACCAAAGUCAAGAUCCUGGAGCUGAAAACUAAAGCUCAGCAGGAACAUCAAGACAUAAGCCUAAAAAUGCAAGAGUUGAACACACUGCAAGAACAUAUUAAGAAAGAACAAGAGAAAGAAGAUGAAAUGAGAGUAAAAGAAAAGAUGGUGAGAGAAGAACUUGAUCAGAUAAAGAGUGAACUAGAAAGAGAGAAAACUAAAAUAGAUCACGAGCAGAAGAAAAUGGAUGAUGACAGCAAGAUGAUUGAAUGGGAACGAAAAGACCUGCAAAAGAUAAGGUCUGACAUGAUGACAGAAACAAAGCAAAUGGAAGACACGAGAGAAGAAAUCAAACUAGAGAGAUCAGCACUUGACCAGAAAAUACAAGAGAUUGAUCUAGAAAAGGUUGAAAUUGAAAAGAACAAAGAAAUAGUUCAGAAAUUAAUAGAUAAAGAAGAAGAGCAAAGAUAUUAUAUUAAACUCCAGAAAGAAGAACUUGACCUUCAAAGACAAAAGAUCACUGAUGAAAAAUGUAUUCUAGCUGAAAGUAAGAUGGAGCUGCAAAAAGAAAGUGAACAAAUCAAAUGCAUGGAGGAGAAAAUAAAGAAGGAGAGAGAAACAUUGAAGGAAAUGGAAGCUCAUCUACAAAAGGAAAAGGAAGACAUUGAGAGUGUCACUGAAGAAACAAAGAGAAAGCAAGAGGAUCUGGAAAAAAUGAAUACAGAAAUAAUUGAACAAAAACAUGAGUUGAAGAACAGCAGAGACCUUCUAGAACAAGAAAGAGAAGAAAUAAACCACAAAUGGGCACAGUUACAACAGAGAAUUGAUGCAUUUGAUGCUCAGGUCAGCAAACAGAAGGAAGAAUAUCUAACAGAACAAAAGGAAAUAGAAGAAGAAAGAAAAGGUCUAGAAGAGACCAAAGUCAAGAUCCUGGAGCUGAAAACUAAAGCUGAGCAGGAACAUCAAGACAUAAGCCUAAAAAUGCAAGAGUUGAACACACUGCAAGAACAUAUUAAGAAAGAACAAGAGAAAGAAGAAGAAAUGAGAGUAAAAGAAAAGAUGGUGAGAGAAGAACUUGAUCAGAUAAAGAGUGAACUAGAAAGAGAGAAAACUAAAAUAGAUCACGAGCAGAAGAAAAUGGAUGAUGACAGCAAGAUGAUUGAAUGGGAACGAAAAGACCUGCAAAAGAUAAGGUCUGACAUGAUGACAGAAACAACGCAAAUGGAAGACACGAGAGAUGAAAUCAAACUAGAGAGAUCAGCACUUGACCAGAAAAUACAAGAGAUUGAUCUAGAAAAGGUUGAAAUUGAAAAGAACAAAGAAAUAGUUCAGAAAUUAAUAGAUAAAGAAGAAGAGCAAAGAUAUUAUAUUAAACUCCAGAAAGAAGAACUUGACUUUGAAAGACAAAAGAUCACUGAUGAAAAAUGUAUUCUAGCUGAAAGUAAGACAGAGCUGCAAAAAGAAAGUGAACAAAUCAAAUGCAUGGAGGAGGAAAUAAAGAAGGAGAGAGAAACACUAAAGGAAAUGGAAGCUCAUCUACAAAAGGAAAAGGAAGACAUUGAGAGUGUCACUGAAGAAACAAAGAGAAAGCAAGAGGAUCUGGAAAAAAUGAAUACAGAAAUAAUUGAACAAAAACAUGAGUUGAAGAAAAGCAGAGACCUUCUAGAACAAGAAAGAGAAGAAAUAAACCACAAAUGGACACAGUUACAACAGAGAAUUGAUGCAUUUGAUGCUCAGGUCAGCAAACAGAAGGAAGAAUAUCUAACAGAACAAAAGGAAAUAAAAGAAGAAAGAAAAGGUCUAGAAGAGACCAAAGUCAAGAUCCUGGAGCUGAAAACUAAAGCUGAGCAGGAACAUCAAGACAUAAGCCUAAAAAUGCAAGAGUUGAACACACUGCAAGAACAUAUUAAGAAAGAACAAGAGAAAGAAGAAGAAAUGAGAGUAAAAGAAAAGAUGGUGAGAGAAGAACUUGAUCAGAUAAAGAGUGAACUAGAAAGAGAGAAAACUAAAAUAGAUCACGAGCAGAAGAAAAUGGAUGAUGACAGCAAGAUGAUUGAAUGGGAACGAAAAGACCUGCAAAAGAUAAGGUCUGACAUGAUGACAGAAACAAAGCAAAUGGAAGACACGAGAGAUGAAAUCAAACUAGAGAGAUCAGCACUUGACCAGAAAAUACAAGAGAUUGAUCUAGAAAAGGUUGAAAUUGAAAAGAACAAAGAAAUAGUUCAGAAAUUAAUAGAUAAAGAAGAAGAGCAAAGAUAUUAUAUUAAACUCCAGAAAGAAGAACUUGACUUUGAAAGACGAAAGAUCACUGAUGAAAAAUGUAUUCUAGCUGAAAGUAAAACAGAGCUGCAAAAAGAAAGUGAACAAAUCAAAUGCAUGGAGGAGGAAAUAAAGAAGGAGAGAGAAACACUGAAGGAAAUGGAAGCUCAUCUACAAAAGGAAAAGGAAGACAUUGAGAGUGUCACUGAAGAAACAAAGAAAAAGCAAGAGGAUCUGGAGAAAAUAAAUACAGAAAUAAUUAAACAAAAACAUGAGUUGAAGAACAGCAGAGACCUUUUAGAACAAGAAAGAGAAGAAAUAAACCACAAAUGGACACAGUUACAACAGAGAAUUGAUGCAUUUGAUGCCCAGGUCAGCAAACAGAAGGAAGAAUAUCUAACAGAACAAAAGGAAAUAGAAGAAGAAAGAAAAGGUCUAGAAGAGACCAAAGUCAAGAUCCUGGAGCUGAAAACUAAAGCUCAGCAGGAACAUCAAGACAUAAGCCUAAAAAUGCAAGAGUUGAACACACUGCAAGAACAUAUUAAGAAAGAACAAGAGAAAGAAGAUGAAAUGAGAUUAAAAGAAAAGAUGGUGAGAGAAGAACUUGAUCAGAUAAAGAGUGAACUAGAAAGAGAGAAAACUAAAAUAGAUCACGAGCAGAAGAAAAUGGAUGAUGACAGCAAGAUGAUUGAAUGGGAACGAAAAGACCUGCAAAAGAUAAGGUCUGACAUGAUGACAGAAACAAAGCAAAUGGAAGACACGAGAGAUGAAAUCAAACUAGAGAGAUCAGCACUUGACCAGAAAAUACAAGAGAUUGAUCUAGAAAAGGUUGAAAUUGAAAAGAACAAAGAAAUAGUUCAGAAAUUAAUAGAUAAAGAAGAAGAGCAAAGAUAUUAUAUUAAACUCCAGAAAGAAGAACUUGACCUUCAAAGACAAAAGAUCACUGAUGAAAAAUGUAUUCUAGCUGAAAGUAAGAUGGAGCUGCAAAAAGAAAGUGAACAAAUCAAAUGCAUGGAGGAGGAAAUAAAGAAGGAGAGAGAAACAUUGAAGGAAAUGGAAGCUCAUCUACAAAAGGAAAAGGAAGACAUUGAGAGUGUCACUGAAGAAACAAAGAGAAAGCAAGAGGAUCUGGAAAAAAUGAAUACAGAAAUAAUUGAACAAAAACAUGAGUUGAAGAACAGCAGAGACCUUCUAGAACAAGAAAGAGAAGAAAUAAACCACAAAUGGGCACAGUUACAACAGAGAAUUGAUGCAUUUGAUGCUCAGGUCAGCAAACAGAAGGAAGAAUAUCUAACAGAACAAAAGGAAAUAGAAGAAGAAAGAAAAGGUCUAGAAGAGACCAAAGUCAAGAUCCUGGAGCUGAAAACUAAAGCUGAGCAGGAACAUCAAGACAUAAGCCUAAAAAUGCAAGAGUUGAACACACUGCAAGAACAUAUUAAGAAAGAACAAGAGAAAGAAGAAGAAAUGAGAGUAAAAGAAAAGAUGGUGAGAGAAGAACUUGAUCAGAUAAAGAGUGAACUAGAAAGAGAGAAAACUAAAAUAGAUCACGAGCAGAAGAAAAUGGAUGAUGACAGCAAGAUGAUUGAAUGGGAACGAAAAGACCUGCAAAAGAUAAGGUCUGACAUGAUGACAGAAACAAAGCAAAUGGAAGACACGAGAGAUGAAAUCAAACUAGAGAGAUCAGCACUUGACCAGAAAAUACAAGAGAUUGAUCUAGAAACGGUUGAAAUUGAAAAGAACAAAGAAAUAGUUCAGAAAUUAAUAGAUAAAGAAGAAGAGCAAAGAUAUUAUAUUAAACUCCAGAAAGAAGAACUUGACUUUGAAAGACAAAAGAUCACUGAUGAAAAAUGUAUUCUAGCUGAAAGUAAGACAGAGCUGCAAAAAGAAAGUGAACAAAUCAAAUGCAUGGAGGAGGAAAUAAAGAAGGAGAGAGAAACACUAAAGGAAAUGGAAGCUCAUCUACAAAAGGAAAAGGAAGACAUUGAGAGUGUCACUGAAGAAACAAAGAGAAAGCAAGAGGAUCUGGAAAAAAUGAAUACAGAAAUAAUUAAACAAAAACAAGAGUUGAAGAACAGCAGAGACCUUCUAGAACAAGAAAGAGAAGAAAUAAACCACAAAUGGGCACAGUUACAACAGAGAAUUGAUGCAUUUGAUGCUCAGGUCAGCAAACAGAAGGAAGAAUAUCUAACAGAACAAAAGGAAAUAAAAGAAGAAAGAAAAGGUCUAGAAGAGACCAAAGUCAAGAUCCUGGAGCUGAAAACUAAAGCUGAGCAGGAACAUCAAGACAUAAGCCUAAAAAUGCAAGAGUUGAACACACUGCAAGAACAUAUUAAAAAAGAACAAGAGAAAGAAGAAGAAAUGAGAGUAAAAGAAAAGAUGGUGAGAGAAGAACUUGAUCAGAUAAAGAGUGAACUAGAAAGAGAGAAAACUAAAAUAGAUCACGAGCAGAAGAAAAUGGAUGAUGACAGCAAGAUGACUGAACGGGAACGAAAAGACCUGCAAAAGAUAAGGUCUGACAUGAUGACAGAAACAAAGCAAAUGGAAGACAUGAGAGAAGAAAUCAAACUAGAGAGAUCAGCACUUGACCAGAAAAUACAAGAGAUUGAUCUAGAAAAGGUUGAAAUUGAAAAGAACAAAGAAAUAGUUCAGAAAUUAAUAGAUAAAGAAGAAGAGCAAAGAUAUUAUAUUAAACUCCAGAAAGAAGAACUUGACCUUGAAAGACAAAAGAACACUGAUGAAAAAUGUAUUCUAGCUGAAAGUAAAACAGAGCUGCAAAAAGAAAGUGAACAAAUCAAAUGCAUGGAGGAGGAAAUAAAGAAGGAGAGAGAAACACUGAAGGAAAUGGAAGCUCAUCUACAAAAGGAAAAGGAAGACAUUGAGAGUGUCACUGAAGAAACAAAGAAAAAGCAAGAGGAUCUGGAGAAAAUAAAUACAGAAAUAAUUAAACAAAAACAUGAGUUGAAGAACAGCAGAGACCUUUUAGAACAAGAAAGAGAAGAAAUAAACCACAAAUGGACACAGUUACAACAGAGAAUUGAUGCAUUUGAUGCUCAGGUCAGCAAACAGAAGGAAGAAUAUCUAACAGAACAAAAGGAAAUAGAAGAAGAAAGAAAAGGUCUAGAAGAGACCAAAGUCAAGAUCCUGGAGCUGAAAACUAAAGCUCAGCAGGAACAUCAAGACAUAAGCCUAAAAAUGCAAGAGUUGAACACACUGCAAGAACAUAUUAAGAAAGAACAAGAGAAAGAAGAUGAAAUGAGAGUAAAAGAAAAGAUGGUGAGAGAAGAACUUGAUCAGAUAAAGAGUGAACUAGAAAGAGAGAAAACUAAAAUAGAUCACGAGCAGAAGAAAAUGGAUGAUGACAGCAAGAUGAUUGAAUGGGAACGAAAAGACCUGCAAAAGAUAAGGUCUGACAUGAUGACAGAAACAAAGCAAAUGGAAGACACGAGAGAAGAAAUCAAACUAGAGAGAUCAGCACUUGACCAGAAAAUACAAGAGAUUGAUCUAGAAAAGGUUGAAAUUGAAAAGAACAAAGAAAUAGUUCAGAAAUUAAUAGAUAAAGAAGAAGAGCAAAGAUAUUAUAUUAAACUCCAGAAAGAAGAACUUGACCUUCAAAGACAAAUGAUCACUGAUGAAAAAUGUAUUCUAGCUGAAAGUAAGAUGGAGCUGCAAAAAGAAAGUGAACAAAUCAAAUGCAUGGAGGAGAAAAUAAAGAAGGAGAGAGAAACAUUGAAGGAAAUGGAAGCUCAUCUACAAAAGGAAAAGGAAGACAUUGAGAGUGUCACUGAAGAAACAAAGAGAAAGCAAGAGGAUCUGGAAAAAAUGAAUACAGAAAUAAUUGAACAAAAACAUGAGUUGAAGAACAGCAGAGACCUUCUAGAACAAGAAAGAGAAGAAAUAAACCACAAAUGGGCACAGUUACAACAGAGAAUUGAUGCAUUUGAUGCUCAGGUCAGCAAACAGAAGGAAGAAUAUCUAACAGAACAAAAGGAAAUAGAAGAAGAAAGAAAAGGUCUAGAAGAGACCAAAGUCAAGAUCCUGGAGCUGAAAACUAAAGCUGAGCAGGAACAUCAAGACAUAAGCCUAAAAAUGCAAGAGUUGAACACACUGCAAGAACAUAUUAAGAAAGAACAAGAGAAAGAAGAAGAAAUGAGAGUAAAAGAAAAGAUGGUGAGAGAAGAACUUGAUCAGAUAAAGAGUGAACUAGAAAGAGAGAAAACUAAAAUAGAUCACGAGCAGAAGAAAAUGGAUGAUGACAGCAAGAUGAUUGAAUGGGAACGAAAAGACCUGCAAAAGAUAAGGUCUGACAUGAUGACAGAAACAAAGCAAAUGGAAGACACGAGAGAUGAAAUCAAACUAGAGAGAUCAGCACUUGACCAGAAAAUACAAGAGAUUGAUCUAGAAAAGGUUGAAAUUGAAAAGAACAAAGAAAUAGUUCAGAAAUUAAUAGAUAAAGAAGAAGAGCAAAGAUAUUAUAUUAAACUCCAGAAAGAAGAACUUGACCUUCAAAGACAAAAGAUCAAUGAUGAAAAAUGUAUUCUAGCUGAAAGUAAGAUGGAGCUGCAAAAAGAAAGUGAACAAAUCAAAUGCAUGGAGGAGGAAAUAAAGAAGGAGAGAGAAACAUUGAAGGAAAUGGAAGCUCAUCUACAAAAGGAAAAGGAAGACAUUGAGAGUGUCACUGAAGAAACAAAGAGAAAGCAAGAGGAUCUGGAAAAAAUGAAUACAGAAAUAAUUGAACAAAAACAUGAGUUGAAGAACAGCAGAGACCUUCUAGAACAAGAAAGAGAAGAAAUAAACCACAAAUGGGCACAGUUACAACAGAGAAUUGAUGCAUUUGAUGCUCAGGUCAGCAAACAGAAGGAAGAAUAUCUAACAGAACAAAAGGAAAUAGAAGAAGAAAGAAAAGGUCUAGAAGAGACCAAAGUCAAGAUCCUGGAGCUGAAAACUAAAGCAGAGCAGGAACAUCAAGACAUAAGCCUAAAAAUGCAAGAGUUGAACACACUGCAAGAACAUAUUAAGAAAGAACAAGAGAAAGAAGAAGAAAUGAGAGUAAAAGAAAAGAUGGUGAGAGAAGAACUUGAUCAGAUAAAGAGUGAACUAGAAAGAGAGAAAACUAAAAUAGAUCACGAGCAGAAGAAAAUGGAUGAUGACAGCAAGAUGAUUGAAUGGGAACGAAAAGACCUGCAAAAGAUAAGGUCUGACAUGAUGACAGAAACAAAGCAAAUGGAAGACACGAGAGAUGAAAUCAAACUAGAGAGAUCAGCACUUGACCAGAAAAUACAAGAGAUUGAUCUAGAAAAGGUUGAAAUUGAAAAGAACAAAGAAAUAGUUCAGAAAUUAAUAGAUAAAGAAGAAGAGCAAAGAUAUUAUAUUAAACUCCAGAAAGAAGAACUUGACUUUGAAAGACAAAAGAUCACUGAUGAAAAAUGUAUUCUAGCUGAAAGUAAGACAGAGCUGCAAAAAGAAAGUGAACAAAUCAAAUGCAUGGAGGAGGAAAUAAAGAAGGAGAGAGAAACACUAAAGGAAAUGGAAGCUCAUCUACAAAAGGAAAAGGAAGACAUUGAGAGUGUCACUGAAGAAACAAAGAGAAAGCAAGAGGAUCUGGAAAAAAUGAAUACAGAAAUAAUUAAACAAAAACAAGAGUUGAAGAACAGCAGAGACCUUCUAGAACAAGAAAGAGAAGAAAUAAACCACAAAUGGGCACAGUUACAACAGAGAAUUGAUGCAUUUGAUGCUCAGGUCAGCAAACAGAAGGAAGAAUAUCUAACAGAACAAAAGGAAAUAAAAGAAGAAAGAAAAGGUCUAGAAGAGACCAAAGUCAAGAUCCUGGAGCUGAAAACUAAAGCUGAGCAGGAACAUCAAGACAUAAGCCUAAAAAUGCAAGAGUUGAACACACUGCAAGAACAUAUUAAGAAAGAACAAGAGAAAGAAGAAGAAAUGAGAGUAAAAGAAAAGAUGGUGAGAGAAGAACUUGAUCAGAUAAAGAGUGAACUAGAAAGAGAGAAAACUAAAAUAGAUCACGAGCAGAAGAAAAUGGAUGAUGACAGCAAGAUGACUGAACGGGAACGAAAAGACCUGCAAAAGAUAAGGUCUGACAUGAUGACAGAAACAAAGCAAAUGGAAGACACGAGAGAAGAAAUCAAACUAGAGAGAUCAGCACUUGACCAGAAAAUACAAGAGAUUGAUCUAGAAAAGGUUGAAAUUGAAAAGAACAAAGAAAUAGUUCAGAAAUUAAUAGAUAAAGAAGAAGAGCAAAGAUAUUAUAUUAAACUCCAGAAAGAAGAACUUGACCUUGAAAGACAAAAGAACACUGAUGAAAAAUGUAUUCUAGCUGAAAGUAAAACAGAGCUGCAAAAAGAAAGUGAACAAAUCAAAUGCAUGGAGGAGGAAAUAAAGAAGGAGAGAGAAACACUGAAGGAAAUGGAAGCUCAUCUACAAAAGGAAAAGGAAGACAUUGAGAGUGUCACUGAAGAAACAAAGAAAAAGCAAGAGGAUCUGGAGAAAAUAAAUACAGAAAUAAUUAAACAAAAACAUGAGUUGAAGAACAGCAGAGACCUUUUAGAACAAGAAAGAGAAGAAAUAAACCACAAAUGGACACAGUUACAACAGAGAAUUGAUGCAUUUGAUGCUCAGGUCAGCAAACAGAAGGAAGAAUAUCUAACAGAACAAAAGGAAAUAGAAGAAGAAAGAAAAGGUCUAGAAGAGACCAAAGUCAAGAUCCUGGAGCUGAAAACUAAAGCUCAGCAGGAACAUCAAGACAUAAGCCUAAAAAUGCAAGAGUUGAACACACUGCAAGAACAUAUUAAGAAAGAACAAGAGAAAGAAGAUGAAAUGAGAGUAAAAGAAAAGAUGGUGAGAGAAGAACUUGAUCAGAUAAAGAGUGAACUAGAAAGAGAGAAAACUAAAAUAGAUCACGAGCAGAAGAAAAUGGAUGAUGACAGCAAGAUGAUUGAAUGGGAACGAAAAGACCUGCAAAAGAUAAGGUCUGACAUGAUGACAGAAACAAAGCAAAUGGAAGACACGAGAGAAGAAAUCAAACUAGAGAGAUCAGCACUUGACCAGAAAAUACAAGAGAUUGAUCUAGAAAAGGUUGAAAUUGAAAAGAACAAAGAAAUAGUUCAGAAAUUAAUAGAUAAAGAAGAAGAGCAAAGAUAUUAUAUUAAACUCCAGAAAGAAGAACUUGACCUUCAAAGACAAAAGAUCACUGAUGAAAAAUGUAUUCUAGCUGAAAGUAAGAUGGAGCUGCAAAAAGAAAGUGAACAAAUCAAAUGCAUGGAGGAGGAAAUAAAGAAGGAGAGAGAAACAUUGAAGGAAAUGGAAGCUCAUCUACAAAAGGAAAAGGAAGACAUUGAGAGUGUCACUGAAGAAACAAAAAGAAAGCAAGAGGAUCUGGAAAAAAUGAAUACAGAAAUAAUUGAACAAAAACAUGAGUUGAAGAACAGCAGAGACCUUCUAGAACAAGAAAGAGAAGAAAUAAACCACAAAUGGGCACAGUUACAACAGAGAAUUGAUGCAUUUGAUGCUCAGGUCAGCAAACAGAAGGAAGAAUAUCUAACAGAACAAAAGGAAAUAGAAGAAGAAAGAAAAGGUCUAGAAGAGACCAAAGUCAAGAUCCUGGAGCUGAAAACUAAAGCUGAGCAGGAACAUCAAGACAUAAGCCUAAAAAUGCAAGAGUUGAACACACUGCAAGAACAUAUUAAGAAAGAACAAGAGAAAGAAGAAGAAAUGAGAGUAAAAGAAAAGAUGGUGAGAAAAGAACUUGAUCAGAUAAAGAGUGAACUAGAAAGAGAGAAAACUAAAAUAGAUCACGAGCAGAAGAAAAUGGAUGAUGACAGCAAGAUGAUUGAAUGGGAACGAAAAGACCUGCAAAAGAUAAGGUCUGACAUGAUGACAGAAAGAAAGCAAAUGGAAGACACGAGAGAAGAAAUCAAACUAGAGAGAUCAGCACUUGACCAGAAAAUACAAGAGAUUGAUCUAGAAAAGGUUGAAAUUGAAAAUAACAAAGAAAUAGUUCAGAAAUUAAUAGAUAAAGAAGAAGAGCAAAGAUAUUAUAUUAAACUCCAGAAAGAAGAACUUGACUUUGAAAGACAAAAGAUCACUGAUGAAAAAUGUAUUCUAGCUGAAAGUAAGACAGAGCUGCAAAAAGAAAGUGAACAAAUCAAAUGCAUGGAGGAGGAAAUAAAGAAGGAGAGAGAAACACUGAAGGAAAUGGAAGCUCAUCUACAAAAGGAAAAGGAAGACAUUGAGAGUGUCACUGAAGAAACAAAGAACAAGCAAGAGGAUCUGGAAAAAAUGAAUACGGAAAUAAUUAAACAAAAACAAGAGUUGAAGAACAGCAGAGACCUUUUAGAACAAGAAAGAGAAGAAAUAAACCACAAAUGGACACAGUUACAACAGAGAAUUGAUGCAUUUGAUGCUCAGGUCAGCAAACAGAAGGAAGAAUAUCUAACAGAACAAAAGGAAAUAGAAGAAGAAAGAAAAGGUCUAGAAGAGACCAAAGUCAAGAUCCUGGAGCUGAAAACUAAAGCUCAGCAGGAACAUCAAGACAUAAGCCUAAAAAUGCAAGAGUUGAACACACUGCAAGAUCAUAUUAAGAAAGAACAAGAGAAAGAAGAAGAAAUGAGAGUAAAAGAAAAGAUGGUGAGAGAAGAACUUGAUCAGAUAAAGAGUGAACUAGAAAGAGAGAAAACUAAAAUAGAUUAUGAGCAGAAGAAAAUGAAUGAUGACAGAAAGUUCAUUGAACAGAAAAGAAAUGACAUGGAGAAGAUGUGGUCGGAAAUAUUGUUGCAAAGAAAGCAAAUAGAAGAAGACAGAUCAGAACUUGACCACAAAAUAAAACAGACUGAACUAGAAAAAUCUAAUAUAGAGAAAAACAAAGAAAUUGUACAGAAAUUAUUGGCUGAGGAGCAUGAACAGAGAAAUGAUAUUAAACUUCAUAAAGAAGAAAUUGAACUUGAGAGACAAAAGAUGAAUAAUGAAAAAGACUUUCUGGCUCAAAUAAAGACUGAACAGCAAAAAGAAAAUAAACGAAUACGAUACAUGGAAGAGGAAAUUAAUAAGGAGAGAGGCACACUGAAAAAAAAGGAAGCUCAUCUACAAAAGGAAAAGGAAGAAAUUAAGAGUGUCAUUGAAGAAACAAACAGACGAAAAGAAGAUCUGGAAAAGAUGAACACAAACAUAAAUAAACAAAAACAAGAGUUGAAGGACUGCAGAGACAUUCUGGAAAGAGAAAGAGAAGAAAUAAAUCAUAAAUGGACAGAAUUACAACAGAGAAUUGAUGAAUAUGAGCAGUCAAAGAAAAAUUUCAAAUUUCAGUCCAAGGCUGAAAUCAAGAGACAGACUGAUGAAACAGGCAUCAUGAAAGAGCAGACACACGAGUUAGAAAAAGAGAAAGAUGUGUCUGAAACAUUAAAAGAAGAACUUCUAUCUGGACAGCUUCUUCAACAGAAGAGAGAAGAAAUGGCCUCUCAAGGAAAACAGAUACAGAUAGAUGAAGCCAACAGACUCUUGUUUGAGAUUCAAAGGGAAAGGGAAGCACUUGAAAGAAGCAAGAAAAUCCUUGAACAUCAGAGAGAGGCACUGGAUGAGAUGAAGAGAAAACAACCAACACAGAUGCUGGAAUUAAUUUUGGUUAGUUCUGCUACACAAACAUCUAAACUAGAUGACAUACCCGUAGGUGACAUUCCAGCCCCUCGGGAACAGAUUGUUGAGGAACACACAGGCAUUCAUAAGGAAUAUACAACGUUCAUGACAAAAUGGACGGAAGAUGAAUUAGAAAGAAUGAGAGAUCAGGAGGACACAGAGCUCAAAAUGAGAAGUGAGGAAACCAAAAUGGACUCGAGCCAAGAAGACACUGCACUGACAUCGGAAUAUAAAGAUAUACCUGAUCCAUCCAUGAUAGUAAAGUUGGAGUUCAAUGAAGAUGAAGCUGAAAUGUUGAUGACUGAGAAGAGGGAACUAGAAAAGACAAGACUUCUUUUACAGAGAGACCAGAAAGAGAUUGAGACAAUGAGACAACACACUGACAGAGAGAGGAAGAAUCUGGAGAAAUAUAAAGCUGCUCUUGAAAAACAAUAUGAAGAGUUGGAGUUAUGUAGACAGAAUAUGGACAAUGAAAGAUCUGAGUUAGAAAUGACUCAAGAUCAAAUUAAGAUGGACAUUGAAAACAUUCAAAUGGAGAUCAGGAACAAACAGGAGAAAAUAGAAAACAUGGAAGUUCAACUUCAAGAAAAGAGAAGAGAAAUGGAUACUAUCUCUUUUGAGAUGAAUCAGAGACAAGAGGAGUUGGAUUUCAUAAAUACAGAGAUAAAACAAAAGAGACAAGAGAUGGUGGACACCAAAGAAAUGGAGGGACAUGAGUUAACUGACAUACUUCCAGAGAGAGAGGAGUCUACAAAAAGAUACCUGGAAGAAAUACAGAACCAAAAGGAGGCAUUACGGAAGGAGAGGGAUGAGGUUGAAAAGAGAAUCACUGGGCUGCAGAAGGAGCAAAUGGAAAUGGAAAUGCGUCAGGCAAUGCUGAACUCGGAAAGAAAUGAACUGAAUAGAAUGAGAGUCGAUCUGGAGACACAAAAAGAGGAGUUUAGGCUUAUGCAACAAAACAUAGAGACAGAAAGAGAAAAACUGGAAUCUAGGUUAAGGAGAGCAGAGGGCAUAGAGAGACUUUCAGAUGAUAUACUGAAACAAAAGGAAAGGGUAGAUGAAAUGGCAGCUCAACUUUUCAAAGAACAGGAAGAGUUUAAAAUUAUUAUGACUGAGGCAAAUAAAUGGAUAAACAAGAUUAAACAGAUUGAGGAGGAGAUUAAAACAAAGCAAGAAGAAAUGGAGAACAUUGAAGAACUGAGACAAAAAGAGCUUCAUCAAAGGAGAACAGAAUUUGAAAAAAUGAAGACUGAAAUUGACAAUGAAAGAGAAGAAAUUCAGAAGAUACGAAAGGAAUGUGAGAGAGAAAAACAUGAACUGGAGCAAAUAAAAACAGAUUUGCAGAAAGAAGAACCACAGAAAACCAAUGCAGAAGUGCAAUAUGAUGAAACACACAGUGUUAUGCACACAUUGAAAGAAGAGAAAGAUAAAAUAGUAAGGAUGAAAGCUGACCUCCAGAAUGAGCAGAGGGAAAUCGAAAACCUGUUGGACAUUAUAAAAAGAGAGAAGGGUAAGCUAGAAAAGAAGAAAUCUGAAAUGCAUCAAAUGGCUGCAGAAAUAAGGGACACGGACAGGGAUAAUAACUUACAAGAUGAAAUUAUCCAGAUUGAAGCAAUCCUCAUUGAAACAAAGAGACAAAAGAAUGAACUGGAACAGAUGAAUGACAAUUUGAACAGGGAGAAAUCUGAACUGAAAAGCACUUGUCAGUUCCUAGAAAAAGAAAAGAGAGAAGCAGAAGCUAGAUUACAGGACAUGGUGAAUGAACUGAAUAAUAAGGAAUUAGAAAAUGUACAGAAGUUCAAAACAGAGGAGAGAGAGGCAGAGAAGAAAAUUCUGGAGAAAUUUAAGGAUGAAAUGGCUAAAGAACGCGAAAAAAUCAAAAAGGAAAAUGAAGAUUUAAGAAUGAGAAGAGACGAGCUGCUGCACAUGAAAGACGAAAUUCAAAAGCAGACAACAGACCUAGAAGAAAUGAUGAACAUAGUGACAAUGGAGAAGAGUGAGCUAGAACAAGAGAGGUGUGAAAUAAACAAACAAAAACUGGAAGACAUUGGGAAAGCUGCAGAAAUAAUGUGGGUUGAGACACAGGUAGCCACUGAAAGGUCCAGACAAGAUGACGAGGACAUGCAAAUCUUAAAAACUGAGAUAAAAAGGAUAUCACAUCUGAAUGAUCAAUUACUGAAAGAGAAAGAGGAUGUUGAAACCACCAAAGAGAGAAUUAAUAGAAAGAUGGAACAUAUUGAAAAGAUGCAAACCCAAUUAAAUGACCAAAAAGAAGAGAUCAAGCUUGAAAAACAAAAAUUAGAAGAUAUAAGGACUGAGAUUCAAGAUGAGACAAAUGCUCAAGAGAAAAUUAUAAAGGACUUACAAAAAGAGAAGGAAAGUCUAAAUGCUUUAGUUAUUCAACAACAAAAAGAAAGAGAAGAUAUGGAUAAACUAGCAGAAGAGAACAAAAGAAGAGAGAAGCAUGCUGAGGUUGAGAUACAAAGACAAUUAGAAGACGUAGAAAAUGUCAAGGUGAUGUUGGCAAAAGAAAGGAAUCAAAUUGAACAGAUGAAUGCAGAAAUACAGACUAAACAUGAAGAGCUAGAGAAAAUAAUCAGAAAACAGCAGGAGGAGAUUGCAAUCAAAGAGAAUGACAUGCAAAGAGAAAGAAAGGCUUUGGAGAAAAUGAAUGUUGAGCUAGAAAGGAAAACCACUGAAAUGGAAAAUAAGAGAGAGAAAGUAACUCUCUUGGAAGCCGAUAUACAGAAACAGAAAACCAAAGUAGAAGAGCUAAGGAACAUCUCAGAAAGUGAGAAGAGUGAACUUGAAAGAGAGAAAGCAGAAGUAAAACAAGAAAAGCAAGAGAUUGAAAACAUUCAAAAAACCAUCAAGAGAGAGUUGGAAGACCUAGAGCAAUUGAGAAAUAAAUAUGAGGAAGAGAAGAAAGACAUGCUGGACAGACUGUUAACAGAAAAACAUGAAAUGGAUCAAUUAAAAACUGAGUUACAGUUGGAGAAGAAGAACAUUGAAGAGGAAAAGAAAAAGCUAAAGCAGCUGAUGACCGAAACUGAAAAUAAAAGAUCUCAACUGGACAGCAAGAUUGUGCAAAUUAACAUGGACAAACUAAAUAUUCAAAAAGAAAAAGACUCACUGGAGGAGAUCAAGGCAGAUUUACAAAGAAAGUCUGAAAAGCUUAAUGAGGAAAUCAUUACAUCUCAAGCCAGUGAAGACCAAGAGAACAAUCCAAAGAGACUGGAUGACAUCAGAAGAAAAGAAGAAGAGCUCAGUACUAUGCGUGCUGACAUCGAAAGGAAGACAAAGCUUCUGCAAUCAGAUCUACUGCUACUUCAGACACAAAAAGAGAACUUAGAAAAGAGCAAAGCAGAGAAUGAAACUCUAAGAGAAGAUCUUGAAAAACAAAAAGAAAAGAAUGACUUAACAAUGCAAGAACUGCACAAAGAGAGGCUGGCCUUGGAGCAGAAGAUUGCUGAUAUGACACAGCUAAGAGAUACAGUGGAAGGCACACAGAAUGAAAUACGACUUAAAGAACUGGAUCUGGAAAACAAAGAAAGAGAACUUGAAAUGCAAAGAAAAGAUGUAGAUAACCUAAGAAACAUUGUGAUGGCUGAGAAAAUGCAGCUGGAAAAGAGUCAACAUGUUAUGAAUCAACAGCAGCAGGAGGUCAAUGACUUGAUGAAUGAAAACAGAAAAAUUAGAAAUAAUUUAGAGAACAUGAAAACUCAUCUGGAAAAAGAGAGACAACAACUACAAGAAAACAUCAAAAGAUUUGAAGAUCAGAAGAAUGAUUCUGAUCAAAUCAAAGUUGAUGCAAAGCAACAGACCGAUGAGCUUGAGAAAAUCACAGCAGAUACAACAAGGGAUAAGGAACCUCUUGGAAAGGAAAGAGAGGAGACUGAUGCUUUGAAGAAAGAAAUCCAGAUAAAGAAAGAUGAACUGCAAUGCUUACAUUUUGAGAUUGAAAGCUCCAAGCAAGAAAUGGCAGAAAACAGAGAUCAGUUUGAAAAAGAGAUGGAAAAUUUAAUGCAGAAAAGAGCAAAUUUACUGACAGAAAUUCAUCAGCAAGCCAAGACCAAAAUAAAGAAGAAAGAUGUAAAAACAGCAGUGGAGAGUGAAACACAGAUCCAAGCUGCUUUACAAAUGGUCAGGGAGGACACUGAAGAAGAAAAGACAGAUGCUGAAUUGCAGGUUGAUCUCCAGAAACAGAAGGAUGAACACGAAGAACUGAGGAACACAAUUGAGGUGGAAAAAAAUCAGAUUGAAAAGAAAAAGCUCAUAUUAGAUCAACAGCAGCAGGAAUUAGAAGAUAUCAUGGCGGCCAUCAAACGAGAGAGAGAUGUGCUUCAGAAAGAGAAGUCUGAACUUGAUGAAAACAGACAUAUCCUCAAUAAAAAUAUCCAGACAAAACAAGAAGAGCUUGAAAAGCUUAAUAAUGACAUUCAAAGGGACAAAAAGGAGAUUGAAAACAACAAGAAGAUAACUGAGAGUGAAAAAUAUUGCAUCGAAAAGGAGAGAGCUGAUUUAAACAGGCUGAAGAAAGAAGCUGAAGUCAGCAAACAAAGCGUACAACACGAGAGAACUUUGCUGCAACAAGAUAAAGACAUGAUACAGAAAGAAAAAGAGGACUUGGAAGGCAUUAUAGAAGAAAAAACAAGAACAAAGGAGGAACUGCAAGAGCAAAUAAACAGACAAUUAUCUGAACUGGAGAUGUUAAACAUGAAGAUUGAAAUAAAGAGACAGGAAGCGGAAAUGCAACACAUACCAGAAGAGAUGAAAACAAAAGAUCACUCAAAAAGGGAUGCUGAUGUCCUAAGAGAGGAAGUAGAAGUAAAAAAACUAAAAACAGAUGAACUUGAGAUAGUUCAAACGAAGACCACCUCAGUUGAUGCUGAAACACAAACACCUUUGUAUGACUUUAAGAAAACAGAUGAUAGCAGACAAAAGGAUUUAGAAGACGGAACAGCUGCAACAAAGAAAAAACACACUGAUACAAAGUCAAAAGACACGCACACAUCUGAAGUGCAAGAAAUAACAGACACUUUAAACAAAGAAAUUGAAGAUUUGGAAAGAAUGAAGAUGAUGAUGAAAAAAGAGAGACAUGAACUUGAACAAGCAAAAAAAGACUUUGAGAGAAAUAUGAAGGAAGUCAUGAAGGAGAAGUCAAGAAAUGAAGAAAAACUGCUACAACUUACACAAGACAAGGAGGAUAUAUCAAACAACCUUGAGAAGAAAAAUAAGGAAAUAGAGAGUAUCACAGAAGCAUUCCUGAGAAAGUUGGGACAACUGGAAAAGACCAUAGCAUCACUGAAAGAAGAGAAGGAAAACAUCGAAAAUGAGUUGCUUCUACAAAAGCUAAAUGAACAGGAGACACUAAAAAUCAAGGGAAAAACAGAUGAUGCUUCCAUUGGAAGUGACAGGGAUGCUGAGAAAGUCACAUACAAAACAGCACUGGAACAAGUACCAUUCACUAAAGAGGAGAAAAAGACAGACAGAGACAGCAGUCUGGAACUGACUGAGAUUCAUUGGGACAAAAUAGGUGGAGAAACAGAAGCAAAAACCUCCAAAACUGACGCCCAAAAAGAAGUUCUUCAGCUAAUGUAUGGCACGGCCCUAGAAGGAGAUGAGCUCAACAUCAUGACAGCGGAAUUACAGAGGCAACAUGAAGAAAUGGAGAACAAAAUGAAGAUCAUACAAGCUGGCCUUCUUGAGAUGGAGAAGGCAAAGGAACACCUGCAUAAAUUGAGGGAUGAAUGUAAAACCGCUGAAGAAGAAAAGUCAGUGAUCAUGGAGAGUCUCGAGAGGAGGAGGAACAGCCUGGAGAAGGUUCAUGCUGAGGUACUGAGACUUACCAAGGAGAUUGAGUAUCUCACACAAAGCUACGAAUACAAAAGAAGAGAACUGCAACAAAUUGAGACUGACAUACAAAGACAGACAAGGACUGUGAAGACUCAACAGGAAACUAAUAUUCAGAGUGAACAAGAAGACAAAGAAGCAAUAGUGUCUACAAAAUCCAUUCAAGAACAUACAGAGGAUGUUAAGCAGAAGAUAACUCAAGAGACACAAACUGAAGAACAGGAAAGAGAUGCUCUACCACAGUAUAAAGAGACAGGUGCAAUAAAAAGGAGAAUACAGGAAAUAAAAGAUGAACUAAACAUCAGAUUACAAGACAUACAGAGGAAGGAACUGGAAAGACUCGGAAUGCAUAGAGAAAAAAUCGAGUUGGAGCUACGGAAAGCUGAAAUGGAAAGAUAUAAUGAAGCCCUCCAGCAUGAGAGAGAAACUGACAGACUCAAGCUCAUAGAAAAAGAAAAGGAAAUACUUCUGUUAAGGGAGUGUAUGCUGAUUGAGAUCAAUCGACUUAAGAGCGAAGAAGCAGAAACAAGUAGUCAGCACUCUGAGAUUAUGGAGCGCCUCAUUACUGAUGCAGCAGUAAGAGUGGACAGAUUCAGACGGGUUACGGACAGAGCCGUGCAAACACUGAUGCUGGAAGGAGAUGGAGAGCAGUUUGGAGGAGCUCAAAUAGUGACGACUCAACAGAGGGAAAGUGUCAGUGAAAGGAUGGAGGUUUUGCAUGUCCUGAGUGAAGACAGGGAGGAAGGAGCGGAGAGAGGAGAAUCCCAGAGAGGGGGCUUAGUUGGGCCAACUUCACGGAGAUUGCGGCUACUGCACUGGUUCAGACGGUGCUGCUCUCCCAGAAACACUGUGGAGGAAACUGAGGACAUUUCAUAAACACAGGUUUUGUUCAUUUAGAAGUACAUUGUCAUGUGGAAUUUGACGGAAACUGAGAAGCAUGUCCUAAACAAAAAAAAUCCAUGCAUUAUCAGUAUGUUUAUGAAUAUAUUUACAAGUAGCAUUCUGUGGGAGAACCCCUCACCCCGAAAUAAUUUUAGUAAUGUCAAUUAAAAAAAAAAAAA